ACAAAUAUCCACGAGACGUUGCAGACGAUACAUAUUGCUCCCUUGCCGGGUAGUGAAUGUCAUUCACCUACUGACAGUCAGAAGUGAAGUAUUCUGUACUUGAGUUGUAGUGUUCGACAUCGUCAUCUUGUAGGGAAAUUGUCAUUAAUAAUUUAGGUGAUUGGAUAGCAUGUGGUGUACAAAGGCAUUAGCCCUGGUGGGCUUAGUAGCAGUCCUAGCGUAUGCCAAGGACGCCCAAGACAAGAAAGAUGAAGUUGGCACAGUCAUUGGCAUAGAUUUGGGCACAACUUAUUCAUGUGUUGGUGUGUUCAAGAAUGGCAGAGUUGAGAUCAUCGCUAAUGACCAAGGUAAUCGCAUUACUCCAUCUUACGUUGCCUUUACUGCUGAUGGCGAGAGAUUGAUAGGAGAUUCUGCUAAAAAUCAGCUCACCACCAACCCUGAGAAUACCAUCUUUGAUGCCAAGCGGUUGAUUGGAAGGGAAUGGGGUGACAAGUCUGUCCAGCAUGACAUACAGUUCUUCCCUUUCAAGGUAAUAAACAAAAAUGACAAACCUCAUAUAAGGGUGAGCACUGCUCAAGGAGAUAAAGUAUUUGCUGCCGAAGAAGUAUCUGCCAUGGUUCUUGGCAAGAUGAGGGAAGUUGCGGAAGCUUACUUGGGAAAGACUGUUACUCAUGCAGUAGUUACAGUUCCUGCAUACUUUAAUGAUGCCCAACGUCAGGCUACAAAGGAUGCCGGAACCAUUGCAGGCAUGACUGUAAUGAGAAUUAUUAAUGAACCAACAGCAGCUGCUAUUGCAUAUGGUAUUGACAAGAAGGAUGGUGAGAAAAACAUCUUGGUAUUUGAUCUUGGAGGUGGCACAUUUGAUGUUUCUCUACUCACUAUUGAUUCUGGAGUCUUUGAGGUAGUAGCCACAAAUGGUGAUACUCAUUUGGGUGGUGAAGAUUUUGAUCAGCGAGUCAUGGAUCACUUCAUUAAGUUAUACAAGAAGAAGAAGGGUAAGGAUAUCAGAAAGGACAACCGUGCUGUUCAGAAGCUUCGUCGUGAGGUUGAGAAGGCAAAGAGAUCAUUGUCUGCCAGCCAUCAAGUAAGGAUUGAAAUUGAGUCCUUCUUUGAGGGUGAGGACUUCUCAGAGACUUUGACACGUGCCAAGUUUGAGGAAUUGAAUAUGGACCUCUUCAGAUCUACCAUGAAACCAGUGCAGAAAGUCCUUGAAGACUCUGACCUCCAGAAGAAGGAAAUUGAUGAAAUUGUAUUGGUGGGAGGAUCAACACGUAUUCCCAAGAUUCAACAGUUGGUGAAGGAGUUCUUCAAUGGAAAGGAGCCAUCUCGAGGCAUUAACCCAGAUGAAGCAGUUGCCUAUGGCGCCGCUGUUCAGGCUGGUGUUUUGUCAGGUGAAGAUGACACAAAUGACCUCGUUUUGUUGGAUGUGAACCCUCUCACUUUGGGUAUUGAGACUGUUGGAGGUGUCAUGACUAAACUUAUUUCCCGUAAUACUGUUAUUCCAACAAAGAAAUCUCAGAUAUUCUCGACAGCCUCUGAUAAUCAGCACACUGUGACUAUUCAAGUCUUUGAGGGUGAACGUCCCAUGACAAAGGAUAACCACAUCCUUGGAAAGUUUGAUUUGACAGGCAUCCCCCCUGCACCCCGAGGUGUACCCCAGAUUGAAGUUACUUUUGAGAUUGAUGCCAAUGGUAUUCUUCAAGUAUCUGCUGAAGACAAGGGCACUGGCAAUAAAGAAAAGAUCACAAUUACUAAUGACCAGAAUAGGUUAACCCCUGAGGAUAUUGAAAGGAUGAUCAAGGAUGCUGAAAUGUUUGCAGAUGAAGAUAAGAAGCUUAAGGAGCGAGUAGAAUCACGAAAUGAAUUGGAGUCUUAUGCAUACAGUCUUAAGAAUCAGAUAAAUGAUAAGGAGAAAUUGGGAGCCAAGCUCACCGAUGAAGAUAAGGAGAAAAUUGAGGAGGUCAUUGAUGAAAAGAUUAAAUGGCUUGAAGAUAAUGCUGAAGCAGAAGCAGAGGACUUUAAGGCUCAAAAGAAAGAACUUGAAGAUGUAGUGCAACCAAUUAUUGCUAAGUUAUACCAGGGUGCAGGUGGUGCUCCUCCUGGCUCUGAAGACGAAGACGCUUACAAGGAUGAGUUGUAGGAGAGUUGUUAGCGAUAUUGUAAUAUAACUUAUAAUAAUUCAUUAUGUUUUAAGGGUAAGACUCGUUCAUCUUCAUUCCUCCCAUUUGUUCCAUUUCAUCAAGCAUGACUGAGGGGUUACCACGUUGCCAAAGUUUUAUUUGGUGUUAAGCACAAGUCCAUUCCAAGCAAGAAUGAAAGGAUGUGUGAUUUAUAAUAAAAAGUCUUUCUAC